GCCGCCUCGCCCGCCCGCCGCCAGAGGUCUCUCCUCUACCCCGUCAACACUCGCCGUAAGUCAACCUCGACCUUCCUCUCCAAUCUCUCACUAAAACACCCCAUUUUGACACUAGUGGGGACGUAUAACGCACUCUACAGAAGAUGCCGAGCGUCAGUGUGAAAGAUGUCAGCCAGCAGGGCUUCACAAAGGCUUUUGCAGAAUUUUUGAAAAAGUCUGGUAAGGUUAAGGUUCCAGACUGGGCUGAUCUUGUGAAGACUGCCAAAUUCAAGGAGCUUGCCCCUUACGAUGAUGAUUGGUUUUACACACGUGUUGCUGCAGUUGCACGGCAUAUCUACAUGCGUUCCCCAGUUGGUGUAGGAGCUGUUCAGAAGAUGUUUGGUGCACGUCAGAGUCGUGGUACUGCCCCAUCACACUUCUGCAAGAGCUCUGGUGCUGUUGCCCGUAAAGCCCUGCAAACACUGGAGACACUGAAGCUUGUGGAGAAGGCACCUAAUGGUGGCCGCAGGCUGACUUCCCAGGGUCACAGGGAUCUGGAUCGUAUUGCUGCCCAGAUGAAGGUUGCUGCCAAGGCGAAGUCGGCGCCUAUUGUAGUUACUACGCAAUAAAAAUAAUUGACUUCA